AGUAUCCAGUGGUUAAGGAAACUUGGAAGCUCUGAAGUGCGGAUAUAUUUACUACCGGAAGCCGGUUCCUGAAGUCACCAAAGGAGAAACUAUACCCAUGCUACUAUCGUAUUUAUUCAAGCACUAAGAGAAGCAAGUCUAACAGAGGAAAUAUUCCAUAUAUUGCACCAUAUUGCAUUUCAGUGAAUGAUUUUGUUCUACAAAAAGCUGUCUAUCCGUGCUGGCAAGGAUUGGAUAUGUCAUCUCUCCUAAAGGAAGACAUGGAGAAAAAACUCUUCAAACCAAAGGGACACACUUUGUGCGAGUUCAUCGAGACAAAAUCUGAAUUAAAAGAGAGGUUUUAUUUGUGUACAUCAGUGGCGAAACGGAAGGAGGUUCAUAUAUCUCUGGUAAAGCACUAUAGAGUAUGCCUAGAUGAGAAGUAUGAAAUAGCAGAGAGGUGGUUUCUUAAAGACUUGGAGUGUAUUGAUGGGAUUGAUGCUGAUACAGACAACGCACACUUUCAUAUGAAGUUUGAGGAAGUCUGCAAUGUGGAAGCAUACAGCUGUGCUUCAAAAUAUUCCUUUGUGCGAAGUGUAAUUAAACUAAAUACACUCUACACCAAAAGAGACAUCAAGGUUAUUAAUUUCGACUCCUCCUACAUAGUCGAUGGUGUGAUCUGGUCUUCAAACAACGGUGACUGCUUAGUACUUAUGAGAAUAUGCUUUUAUGCUUCAAACCUUUUAUGCCUCUCCUUAUGCCCUCUUCCAUAAUUAAUAUAACCGACUUAAGGAUAAGUCAAGCCUGUUCUACAAGUUUUUAUUAGAUAGUUAUGUCCAGUCAGAUUGAGCUAUAUAGCAUGCAUAAUGGAGAUGCUAGAGUAUAUGGGUAAAUAGGUUCUCAUACUGUAAUUGUAACCUGUUGGGACUACAUGAUUUAUGAAUUAGGGCAGUCAUUACAGUGGUACAAGGGCAUGGUUGUAGGAUACCCCACCAUUUCUGUGCCCACGGCUAAUCAUGUAUAGGGCUUUACAUCUUCAAGAAAAUGUGCUAAAAUUAAGAUCAGAAGCCUUCUUGUGAACAGAGCCAAUAUUAUAUAUACAGUAUACAUAUGGACGCCGCAAGUCAAGUCAACUUCUGUAACAAUGCAGACUUAUAAUCCUGCUUUGGAGUUCAAAGGAAGUAAACAAAAUCCUUGAUAUAUGGGAACAUAAGAAACACAGCAGUUAGACAGACAGUAGAAGCUAUAGAAGAAUGUUUUUGACUGUUCAUAAAAAAAUAAUAGUUAUUGAUCUUGAUCAUAUGAGAAACGUACAAAGAUACACUGUAUGUAUGUGUUGGGAAAAUAAAAUAAAUAAAGAAAAAAAAAAAUAAUAACUAUUAGUGGAUAAGGAUGGAUGGGGCUCCAGACUUGAGAAAAACCUAAAGUGAGCAAACAGGUGUUUCGGGUCACUACAACAGUUUAAAGCACCGCUGUGUUUAUUCAACAUCAUUUCUUUACCCUCAUUUGAUGUUAAUCGCCUGUUAAUGUCCACUCUCAUUUUACUGUUUGCUCAAGCUUAUUAAUGCCCCUUUGGUAACUUUGGGUGGAUUGGGCAUGCAGGGUCAGUGAGCCCAUAUACUGAUUUGUAGUCUAGCACCACAAUUAGUAAUUACUUACUAACAUGUGUGAUACAGUUCACCAGGGUAGUUAGGCAUAGCAACCAAUCAUAGUUUUGCUUUCAUCUUCUUACUUGUAGUAAACCAACCAAAGCAGCUGCAGAGUGGUUGAGUGGUGUAACUACACUGCAAUAAGUAUGCUUAACUCUAGGGGUAUAAAUGGUGUAAUUAAAUAGCUCAUUUUAUUGCUCUGUUUUAUCCCUAUGCACGAAUAAAAGCCAAACAUUGCCAUCCUAGAAGACAUUCUUGCACUAAUUGCACUAUGAUGAUUGCACAUGACUUUACAACAUUUCAGACCUGGUGUAAUCCAUUUGAAGUCAAUGGAACAAAUUCAGGCAGUAAUUGUGGUGUAAAAUGCUUUUACAAUUAACUCUAGUUUGUUAUGUGGUUUUUGCAUAAAAUCAAUACAGAUAAAAUUUGGUUUAUUCUAAAUGUUGCAUUUACAUUCCUUUUAAAUAUACCCUUGCUUAUCUCAUUUGGUCUUUUAAAAGUACAUAUUAAAUUCAUUUGAACUUGCUCUGACCUGAAAAGGUAGCGGAAUAUAUGAGCUUCUACCAACAAGUACAACUUUAAAAGACAGAAAUAAGCUAAUGUUUCACAACUACAUUCAUUUGUUUAAUUGUGCACAAGGUUUUAGGGCAGUUAUUUAUUCAAGUUUCUAAAUAAAUCUAUGCUGUAAGAAUGUGAACACUUUUGGUUCUAAAUCCUAAACAAAAAGUCAGUAAUAAGCAAAGAAUUGAGUCACU